AAAAAAAUUAAAGUCAUGGCUGUAAUUGAAAAAUUCCCCAAAUCGUGGGAAGAUUUUGGUUUGACUUUAAAACAAAAAAUGAAAAAGAUAACUUGGAAAAGUUUGAUGCAUUCCAUUACUGUUGAGGAAGAACAUAAGAAAGCGGGUUAUAUUGUGCCUGUUGAAUUUCAGCCAAAGGCUCAUGUUGUAACCGGGGGAAAGCAGUCACAAAAUUCUAAAAAUAAACAGCCAUCAUCUUUUAAACCAAUAAAGGCCAAAUUAAAAAUUGCAAAGAAACCAAAGGUAAACCGGCCAUGCUGGAACUGUGGACAGAUGGGGCAUUGGGCAAAAUUAUGCCCAAAUAAAAAGGCUAAGGCUCAAUCUGGUGGACCUCAAGUCAACGUGGUGACUGGAGGAACUAGUUCCGAUGGCCUGCGGUUGGAAGAACAGUGAUGAUGGGAAACACAAGUGCUGCUAGUGUGCAUGGAGUUAGAAAAGUAGAAAUAAAAUUUCCUUCGGGAAAAAUCCUUACCCUGCAUAGAGUGCAUCACGUUCCCGAAAUUAGAAGGAACAUUGUUAGUGGUUCCAUUCUAGUUAGGGAGGGUUAUGAGUUAUCUUUUAAAUUUAAUAAAGUUGUAAUUUUAUUUGGUGGACUUUUUAUUUGCAAGGGUUACUUGUCGGAUGGACUUUUUAAGAUUGUGGUUGAUUAUUUUGAAUUAAAUUAUGUAUCUGAGAAUUGUGAUUCUUCAACUUUAUGGCAUUAUCGUUUGGGUCACGUUAAUUUAGAUUCUGUAAAAAGAAUGAUGAAUUUAAAUUUAAUUCCUAAACACUCUA